GCGAAUGCACUAAGGCCACUGCAGCUCUUAAAAGGAAAGCCCGUGCUCCGAAGCCUUGGGUCUCGGGCAUCAGUCAGUGCUGCAGCAUCCAUGAGAAAGAUCCUUGAUGACCAGCUGGAAUCCAUCCGAGAUGCAGGGACAUGGAAGGUUGAACGAGUUAUCACAUCAAAACAAGCCGCCUCCAUCCAAGUACAGGGCGGGAACAAAGUCCUAAAUUUCUGUGCAAAUAAUUAUUUAGGUUUAUCUAGUCAUCCAGCUGUGAUAGAAGCAGGCAAGCAAGCGUUGGAUACACAUGGAUCUGGCCUUAGUUCAACACGGUUCAUCUGCGGAACAACAGACAUCCACAAGGAAUUAGAAAACAAAAUCGCCAAGUUUCACAAUGUUGAAGACGCCGCCCUCUAUGCAAGCUGUUUCGAUGCCAACGCUGGAUUGUUUGAGAUCCUGUUGUCCAAAGAUGAUGCCGUCCUCUCAGACGAGUUGAAUCACGCCUCGAUUAUUGAUGGAAUUCGACUCUGCAAGGCGAUGAAAUACAGAUACAAACAUAUGGACAUGGAGGAUUUGGAAAGCAAGCUCCACGAAGCCAAGAAUGCCAGGAUGAGGAUGAUUGUAACUGACGGUGUGUUCAGCAUGGAUGGUGAUGUAUCACCUCUCCCCGCCAUCUGUGAGCUUGGAGAGAAGUAUGACGCCAUGGUGUUUGUUGAUGACUGCCAUGGCACAGGCUUCUUCGGUAAAACUGGCCGAGGAUCGGGCGAGCACUGUGGCGUGGAGGACAAGAUUGAUAUCAUCAAUUCGACGCUUGGGAAAGCUCUUGGUGGGGCCGCAGGUGGUUACACAGCAGGAGCUCGGCAGGUCACUGAUUUGAUCCGUCAAAAGGCUCGGCCCUAUCUUUUCUCCAACACCCUUCCUCCACCAGUGGUCGCCUGUGCCAGUAAGGCUCUUGACCUUCUUAUGGAGAGCAGUGAAUUAAUCGAUCAGGUCACCGCAAACACAAAGAGAUUUCGAGAGAGAAUGACCGAUGCUGGAUUCAAGCUUGGGGGCGAUCCAUGCCACCCCAUCGCACCCGUCAUGUUUGGGGAUGCCAGACUUGCCGCCACAUUUGCUGAUGAAAUGCUGAAAAAGGGAAUCUUUGUGAUUGGGUUCAGUUUCCCAGUGGUCCCGAUGGGCAAGGCAAGGAUCCGGGUGCAGCUAUCUGCUGCUCACAGCUUCGAGGAGAUCGACAGAUGUGUUGAUGCGUUUGUUGACAUUGGCAGAGAACUGAAGGUCAUCUAAUGGAAGGAUGGGGCCGCUUGGUUUGAAAUGCUAGAGUGAUUUUGUUGUUUUUUCAAGAGUUUAUGCACAGAAUUCAUGCUGUAGAGUAAUGCAAACAGCCAAGUGUCGCAGGUUUUUAAAAUUCCUUGGAUAAUCCUGAUUAGCCAAAUAUUCCUGCUUUUUUUGGUGAGUGUGACAUUUCUAGUCCCUUUAUGCUACAAAUAAGAUAAUAUCUGAUCUAUUGAGCCAUUAGGCAGCUCGGGUUAGCCCAGCAGGGUCUAACUUAAACUUACCAUAGAACCGCUCAAUAAGGAUUGCUUGCACCCUGGAUGUAAUCCUACAGUAAAUGUUUCUCGUCACUGCUACUGUUUUCAAUUCUGAUCGAUACAUUUUUCAAAGUCUACUACUGAAUUUUAUGAAUAAUGAUAACUAUUUAUUGUGUAGCGCUAGUUCGAGUGGAGUUUCUGCUCAGAAGCGCUCAAUGUUAUAUUGCUCAAACAGCUGUGUCUUCAACUUUUUGAAGAUCGCAAGUUAUGAUCGUAAUUUUUGGCCUGAAUCUCAAAACUAAAUAUUUUUAUGUCGUUCAUGUGUGUCUGAGAGUGUGGUUAAAUCACUGACAUAUUUCCACAGGCAGCUUUGGGUUUAUAAUAAUGCCUGAAGUCACAUAUAUCAGAAAGAUCUGAAUGUUUAGUCAUAUUUCUAAGUCACAAAGCUUUAUCUACCAUGAAAUAUUUUAUGUUGUUUUCAUGCUGAGGAAGGUCUGAAAGUUACCUGUUAUUUCAAUUCGAAUCGGUCAAAAUUAUCUGAAGAUUUUGAUUACAUUUAUGUGUCACACGUGUCAUACUUUCUUCAAUUUUGAGUUGUAUGUUUCCAAAGAUCUGAAACGUUUUCAUGUAUUCUAAGUCACAUGAGUCACAAUGAUCUGAUAUGGUUUGUCGUUUAUCUAAGUCAUAAAUUGCAAUCAACAAUAUUCUAAGUCAAAAUUGCCAAAAGAUUUGAAAAGCUUUCUUCUGUCAUUGGCGAAUCAGGGUUCAUAAGAGAGAGUGGGUUGUUGUUAUAAUAUUAUUAUGAUAGAUCUGUGAGUAUCUGCUGACUUCAUGUUUUAUGUCCUAUAUGUACAUACUGUAUGCUUCAAAUUUUUUUCUGAAAUUUAGCAUUUUCAAGGGUAUGAGUCUUAAGUCUGUCUUCCCAAUUGGCAAAUCAGGUUUUCAUUUACAGGCAAUUCCUAUGAAUAUUGGUAGUUUGUUAUCAUGCUCAAGGUGGUUUUUGGAUAUAGAAUGUUUUUGUUUUUAAUUUUUCAUGUUAUUAUGUAUUCCUUAUGCGGUGGUCAGUGUAACCCUGUACCUCCCCCUCUUGUCGUUUACAUGUCAACAUUCCAUGUCGUAAAAGAGUGUUACAGUGCAUUUAGAUCAGAUAUGGUUUCCAUUGUAUAAACUUCAACAUUCCACACAGUCAAUGAGUGUAACGAAAUCUAUUGAGGGAACAGUGUUUACACUUCAACAUUCCAUGUAGUAAAAGAGUGCAACGAUACAUCUAAUUUACGAAUGGUUUUCCAUGGUAUAAACUUCAACAUUCCACACAGUUAAUGAGUGUAACGAAAUCUAUUGAGGGAACAGUGUUUACACUUCAACAUUCCAUGUAGUAAAAGAGUGCAACGAUACAUCUAAUUUACGAAUGGUUUUCCAUGGUAUAAACUUCAACAUUCCACACCGAUAAUGAGUGCAACAGAGUUUAUUUAAGAGUGUUCACAUUUUAACUAACAGUAUUCUUAUAUCAUUUUUCUAUUGACAUGCUUUCUACGACAUUUGAUGAACUAAUCACACCUGUGAAAGUUUGAAGUCAUGAUAAUAUAGUCAGUAAUUAUGGAUUAAAGUUGUGUGUAACAUA